AUAUGCGGUCCCUUAUCAGGAAAUGCUGCAUUCGGGAGGCAAAACAGCGUGGACGACGUCGGGUCCGAUCAUUCCUGAGACGGGAUUGCCGAUGAUCAGCGGAGGCCAGGGACUGGGAUUCGAGGAGGCGGAGGUUUUGUCGAAGGUGGACAAGAAGGAUUUGAAUAUGGACCCGCGGGAAGCGCUGAUUCGGCAUGCGAAUGACACGACGAAGGACCGGCAGGCGGAGUAUUUCACGAAGGUGUUUCAGAAGAACCAGCCGAAACCGAUCUUUGCGAAGAGAACGCUAGAGAGGGACUUGGAUGAGGAGGAGGAGAAGAAGAGGAAGAGAGUGACGAUUAAUCAUUAGGAGGAGAAGGAGGAGGAGGAGGGAGGAAGGUUGUGAUUUUGAUUUUGAUGAUGGU